GGAAUGGAGUAUCUUCACUCACAAGGUGUUAUCCACAGAGACCUGAAGUCCAACAAUUUGCUUUUGAAUGACGAAAUGAGGGUUAAAGUUGCAGACUUUGGGACUUCUUGUCUUGAGACGCAAUGCAGAGAGGCCAAGGGUAAUAUGGGAACGUAUCGAUGGAUGGCUCCAGAGAUGAUCAAAGAGAAGCCUUACACUAGAAAAGUUGACGUUUAUAGCUUUGGCAUCGUUCUAUGGGAACUCACCACUGCAUUGCUUCCGUUCCAAGGUAUGACUCCCGUGCAAGCCGCAUUUGCAGUCGCUGAAAAGAACGAGAGACCACCAUUGCCAGCGAGCUGCCAACCUGCGUUAGCUCACUUAAUCAAGAGGUGUUGGUCAGAGAAUCCCUCGAAGCGGCCAGACUUCUCAAACAUAGUAGCGGUGCUU